AUGGUGACGUUCGAUAUGUUUAGUAUAGUCAAAAAGAUGUGGGUGUUAGUGGCUUUAAUAACUGCGGCGGGAGCUACCAGUCCGAUAAGGGAAAAAAAAUGUCCAGUGUAUUCACCGCCAUAUAAAGCUGUUGAUUGCGGGCCCAAUGCCUACUGGGAGAGUUGUCCCCCGCAGUGUCCUCCGCAUCAGAAUUGCUCUCUACUUUGGUCUAAGUUUGCAUGUGUUUCUGACGAUGGUUACUGCUGCAAACCCGCAUGUCGAUGCAAAGAUGGAUUUUACAGAGAUGAAAAUUUCAAAUGCGUCACUUCACAGCAAUGUCAGGGACAACCCGAUGAGCCAACUACUAUUGCACCUUAUCCAGAAGUUACACCAAAACCAAUUCCCACCCCAUCCAAAAAAUGUAAAGGUCCUAAUGAAAAAUGGGUCAAGUGCAAAAGAAUAUGUCCACCACAGAGCUGUGAUAUAUCUUACACUACUUACAAGUGUCCAAGCAAACAAAAAUGCAUAGGUGGAUGUGAUUGUAUCAAGGAUUAUUUGAGGCUCAAGAAUGGGACUUGUGUGAAGAAUGAUGACUGUCCACCUCCAACGCCGAAAAAUGUUUGUAGAACCAAUGAAACCUAUGUAGAAUGUGCUGCGCGUUGUGGACCGUAUGAUACCUGUCCAGUAGAUGACAGUCGCGCUAUUGUACAGUGCUCUCAACCUUAUCCAUGCCCUCCUGGAUGUAUCUGUCAACAAGGGUACAAGAAGAGGAGUGCAGAUGACGACACUUGCAUUUUGGCCGAAGAAUGUCCUCCGGUAAACUGCACAAGACCCAAUGAAGUCUGGAAUUCCUGCCCUUCGGGUUGUCGCGCCGAGUAUUGCACAGAUAUUAGUCAGCAGUCUGCCUGCAACGAGCUUCUGAAAAACUGCCAACCAAAAUGUGUAUGCGCCGAACGUUACUACAGAAAUGAAAAUGAUAUCUGUGUCCCACCUACUGAUUGUGGUCAGGCAAACUGUGGAGAGAACAAGACCAUAGUUUUCUGUACAUUUAAGUGUCCUAAUAAAUUCUGCCCAGAAAACGAUGACCUCGUCAAAUAUGCCUGUAAACCUCCUCGCGACUGUCCCCCAGGAUGUGGAUGCAAAGAUGGUUAUCGUUUUAAGAGCUCUCAAGAUAAUAGUUGUGUCUUGACUCAGGAUUGUCCUCCAGUAACCUGCACUAGACCAAACGAAGAAUGGAACUCCUGUCCACCUCCUUGUUACUCAGAUGCUUGCGCAGAUCGCAACAAAACACAAUCUGAAUGUUACGAACCUAAAGGAUGUAGCGAUCCAAGAUGCGUUUGCAAACAGGGUUACUACAGAAAUGCGAAUCAGGUUUGCGUACCUGCUUGUGACUGUGGCUAGGACAUUUGUUCUUGUGACCGUUGUUCGUACUAACAUUAUUUGUUAAGCCAUGGUUGUAACUAACCACUAUGAUAAAUAAAUAAAUGUUCGGACUCAUUU